ACCGUUUCCCGGUGAAGCACCGCCAAAUGGCAACGGUUAGCAUUGAUUCCGUUUCCGAAGGCCUUCUUCCUCUCUUGUUUCCUCUUGGUGAGGCGGAAUUCUCGAUUUCCCCCCAACUGUUCAAAUCCCUCUAGAUUCCUCCAUUUCUCCCCCGAUUCAAUCUCCCAUGGGAUCUCCCGACAAAUCCGCUCGCAUUCCCGAUGACGCCAGGAAGAUUCUCGUGCGCAUGGCGGAGGAGUGGCGCGACAUCGUCGAUCCGCAGGCGCUGCAGGUGGUCCCGCUCAAGGGCGCCAUGACCAACGAGGUCUACCAGAUCAAGUGGAUUACGAAUUCCAGCCCCGAUGACCCGCUGCCGAGAUCGAAGAAAGUGUUGGUCAGGAUUUACGGCCACGGUGUGGAUGUGUUCUUCGAUCGUGAGAAUGAGAUACGCACGUUUGAGUUCGUUUCGAAGCAAGGCCAGGGGCCUAGGCUGCUCGGACGCUUCGCUAAUGGCCGUGUUGAGGAGUUCAUUCACGCUCGGACACUUUCUGCUGCUGAUUUGCGUGAUCCUGAAAUAUCUGCUAUAAUAGCUUCAAAAAUGAAAGAAUUUCAUGACCUUGAUAUGCCUGGGUCUAAGAAGAUUGUCCUCUGGGAUAGACUGCGAAAAUGGGUUACGGAAGCCAAACGUGUUUCCUCGCCUCCAGAAGCCAAGGAAUUUCGCUUAGGGGACCUGGAAGCUGAAAUAUCGGCUCUGGAGAAGAAACUCUAUACCAAUGAUCGUAUAGGAUUCUGCCACAAUGAUUUGCAAUAUGGUAACAUAAUGAUGGAUGAAGAAACCAGAUCGAUAACCAUAAUUGAUUAUGAAUAUGCAAGCUACAACCCUAUCUCCUUUGACAUUGCAAAUCAUUUUUGUGAGAUGGCUGCUGACUAUCAUACUGAAACCCCUCAUGUCUUGGACUACAAUAAAUAUCCAGAUUUGCAGGAGCGUGACAGAUUCUUGCGUGUCUAUCUGGCUGCCUCAGGAAAACAACCUAGUGACUCGGAGGUGAAGCAAUUGAAUCAAGAAGUGGAGAAGUAUACUCUUGCUAGCCAUCUUGUUUGGGGGUUAUGGGGAUUAAUCUCGGCGCAUGUCAAUGAUAUCGAUUUUGACUACGUGGAGUAUGCACGACAAAGAUUUCGAGCUUACUGGGCAAAGAAACGCGAAGUACUGGGAGAUUCAUAGUUGAUGGCGAAUUCAGUUCUGAUAAAAAAGAUGCAUCAUGAUAUUCUGUGUAGUUUGAGUAUGUUUUGAAACGCUUUAGAACUGUGAAUUGUAUAUCAUUUGACAUUUAAGACACAGCUUUUUGUGAAGGUAUUUGUUGUCUACUUUUGUACAGUGACAGUACCUUAUUCCAUUCAAAUGAAUUCAUAUAAUCUUUUUCUAAUUUA